AUGUCAGAAUAUUUUAGAAAAUACAUUAAAAAAGAAAAUUAUCCGAAUCAUUUGUAAAUUAAUCUCUAAUUUUUAGUACUAAUAUCAAAUAUAAAACAUCUUUUAGAAAUUGCAUCUUAGAAGUAUGAUUGGAUAUUUAAUGUAAGGCAUUUAAGAGAAGAAAUUGGAAAGAAAGUGAUGGUGAUGAUUGGGAUAUUAUGUGGGCUGAGAAAGAAUAGAUUAAUGAAGUUAUGGAUCAUGUUCAUAUGCAAGCUCAUUAAAAAAUUAAUCAUUUUCGUAAUCAUUAUGAGGUACAUCUAUGAAUAUAUAUUCUAUUUAGUUAACUCGUAAAGAUCUAAUGAUAAAGAAUCUUAAGAAAUAUAAAAGAGCAUUAGAAAAAGAAGGAAAAAUUGAGGAAGCUAAUAGGUAAUAGAAGUAAUAUAAAGAUUUUAGUUAUAAUUUUUUUCCGUAGACUUACAAUUUACCAAGUGAGUAUCCUAUCUUUAAUGAAGAAUUUAAAAAGUAAGGUGAUAAUAAAACUGCAUGGAUUAUGAAACCAGUAUAUAUUUAAUAAUAUUAGAUAGAUAGGCAAGUCUUAAGGUAGAGGGAUAUUCUUAUUUAAUAAAAUAUAAUAGAUAUCAUAAUGGAAGAAUUAAGUUAAAUUUAAUCCUGAAAAUCCAUCAGCAGAGUCUUAUAUAGUAUAAAGAUAUAUUGCUGAUCCUCUUUUGAUUGGAGGUAAAAAGUUUGAUACUCGAAUAUAUUUGUUAUGUACAUCUUAUUCACCUUUAACUUUAUAUUUAUAUCGUACAGGAUUUGCAAGAUUUACUCAUCAUAGAUAUGAUAAUGAAGAUAUUACAAAUACAUGUAAAAUUGUAUUAAUAUACAUUAGAUGUUCAUUUAACAAAUGUAGCUAUUUAAAAAACAUCAGAAAAUUAUGAUGAAAAAUUAGGAGGUAAAUGGGAUUUAUAAAAAUUAAAACUAUUUCUAAUGACUAAAUAUGGUUAAGAAAAGGUUUAAGAAUGCUUUUAUAAUGUUUAAUAGUUGAUGAUUAAAUCUUUAAUAGCAGUUCAAAAAAUCAUAGUUAAUGAUAAACAUUGUUUUGAACUUUAUGGAUUUGAUAUCUUAUUUGAUUCUUAAUUAAAGCCUUGGCUUUUAGAAGUGAAUGCAAGGUAUUUAAUACAAGUAAAUUAACAAAAGUCCUUCAAUGACAUCUAAUACUCUCAUUGAU